AUGUCGCGGGACGUGCGGCCGCUGCUCGCGGACGACGAGAAUGACGAGGAUGUAUACUCGCUCGAGGAGGCGGCACAGUAUGUGCCUGUGCAGCGCCGCUACCUGUAUGCGCCGGUCUCGUAUGAGCAGGCGAUGACACCGCCGCGCCCCAUGUGGCACCCCCUCUACUGGUACGGCCUCGCGCGGGAGCACUGGCACGUUUUGGAUGUGCUGCGCCCGCCGGAGCGCUUGCGGGUGGCGUGCGCCCGCAUCAGCGCAGCAGCCAAGCUUGUAUGGCCGCGCAACCGUAUGCACCAGACGAUCCUGAUCGUGUUCGGCCUGUGGGCGCUGCUCAGCUACGCCAACUGGGCCGUGGGCCGCGCUAUGCCGCGCGAUCCGGACGACCCUGCGCUGUACUGGGACUUUGAAAGCAAGCUGCUGCAUGAUGUCGAAAAGGUGCAGCUCGCGGCGCGGCCGGACGACGGCGUGGUCGUGCAAAAUGCCACAUGGAGUGCGCUGUACUGCUCGUCGACAGGCAAGCCGCUGCGCUUUAUCGACUCGGUGCAAUGCAAGGCACAUACGAACUUCUCGCUUGUGGCGUUCCCUGGCCCCUCGUCGAUGACAUCGACGGACCACACGUACCUGUUUGUGAACCCUGUGCUGUCGGAGGCGCAGGAAUGGUACCCCCGCGAGGCGAACUUGACACAGCAGCAGCUCGAGCGGAGACCGCGUAAAGCGCCAGCGAAUGUAUAUGUGGUGACGCGCCCGAAGCCGAGCGCCAACGACCCGAACCACGAUCGUAUUCUCGUGGACAUUACGGCAACGUACGACCGCCAGGCGGCCGCCCUCGUCCAGCAUGCGAAGGUCGCCAAGCUCUCGCAUGGCAUUGUGUCUGAGGGCGUGUUGCUCCUUACGCAUGAGCUGCCUGACUAUGGCCUGUUCCUCGAGGAGGAGCACGAGUCCCUGAGCUUUGACAUUGUCGUGUCGAUUCCGGAGGGCCAGCCGGUCGCCGGUCUUGUCAUGGACGUGCGCGAGGGCCACGUCCACCUGUUCACCGACCAUGCGUUCCACCGCGCGCGCCAUCUGCUGCUGGAAGCGCACAGUCAAACAGACAGCCGCGGCUGGAUGUUCCUCGGCAGCCCGCAGCGCGUCCGCGUUCCGCCGCCGUCGGCCGCGGAGCUCGCAGAGAUGUCACGCCUUGCACGUGUGGACCACUUCCUUGGGCGCCUGACGAUCUACGCGCAGUUUGGCGCCGUCGCUCUGGGCGGGCGCUUGCACGUCAACUCUGAGAUCAUUGUCAAGACGCUGCGCAGCCUCAUCGAGACCACGGCGCACCUUGUCGCACAGUACGUGUAUUUGUGGAGCUACGAGGGCUCCAUCGUCCUGCGCAACUCGACCCACGUGGCCACGCAAAAGGUGGUGCACCUUUCGUCGCAUAAGGGCUCGAUAGGCGCCGAGCCGCACGUCGACGUGGCCAGCUCGCGUACGGAUGUCUUGACGACACAAGGUCAGAUCGUCGCGAAUGGCGUGUGGCAUGCCAAUUUCUCGCUCAAUAUGGCGACCCACGACGGGCCUAUCAAUGCGGUCGUGGCCGUGCACAAGCCGGCGCUCGAGGAAGUGCCGUACGAGGACUUUUUGCGCUUGGCGCAUGGGCGCCGCGUCGAGACGCAGUUCCAGUCGCGCCGCGGCGCCAUACAGGUGCAGUACGUGGCGCACGACGCAGGUGUGCCGCUCGCGUCGACCGCGCACUCGAUCGACGGCAGCGUGCAGGUGGCCCACCCCGCCGACUUCGAGGGGCGCGUGCUUGUGCAGGGCCAUCCGGCCGCGUGGCAGCCGGGCACGCCACGUCCUGGACGCCACAUCGUCGACGAGCAGCGCACUACGCUGGUACGCAGCGCGCAGGUGUUCCUCGACGAGCAGGCGCGCGGUCCUCCGCCGCCCCUCCCCCCAUCGAUGCCGCCCCACAUCGAGCCGGGCAAAACACCCCUCGAUUAUGGCGCCGAGCCGCCUCCGUAA